AUGCAAUACAUAACCCAAAAUCGACAUGGUUAUUCAGUCGAUUUCUCGCCUUAUUUUGCUGAUCGGAUAGCCUGUGUGACUGGUGAAAAUUUUGGCAUUGCCGGUCCAGGAACAUUGUAUAUCAUUGAUGCACAACCUCAGGGCUUACUACUAAAUAAGAGAUUGGAAUGGAAAUCCAGCUUAUUUGAUUGCUGCUGGAGUGAAAUCAACGACAAUAUCAUUGUAACUUGCAGUGGCGAUGGUAGCAUCCAAAUUUGGAAUAUUAGUGCAGACAAUGCUCCAGUUGCUGUCAUGAAAGAUCAUUUACAAGAAGUUUAUUGCGUAGAUUGGACGAAGAGAAGAAACGCACCACAGCAUGUAAUCUCUGCUUCCUGGGAUAAAGAUAUUAAACUUUGGGACCCACAGAAAGGAAUAUGCCUUGCCACUUAUAGUGGCCAUGAAAAUGUGGCUUAUUGCGCUACAUGGUCACCACAUUACUUAGCAAUGUUCGCUUCUGCCGCGGGUGAUGGCACUAUUCGCUUUUGGGAUUGUAGGACUCCAUCACGUUGUCUUAAAAUAAUCAACGAUGGAAGGGGUGAAAUACUUCAUUGUGACUGGAAUAAAUAUAACAAAGAUGUGAUUAUUUCAUGCUCUACCGAUAAUAUCCUUAGAUGUUGGGAUUUAAGAAAUGCAAAGAUUCCAACUAUAACUUUACCUGGUCAUCAAUAUGCAGUAAAGAAAGUUAAGUUUUCACCGCAUAAGGAAAAUAUUGUGGCAUCGUGUUCAUAUGAUCUAACAGUCAGGCUGUGGAAUAUUGCAUUACCAAAUCCAAUGUUGGAAGUAAUUGAACACCAUUCAGAAUUUGUAACUGGAUUAAAUUUUAAUUUACAUAGGCCAGGUCAGAUUGUCGAUUGUGCAUGGGACGAGCAUGUUAAAGUAUACUCGCCUAUGUCGCUACAGAUGUAG